GCCCUCGCCAGUAACACAGCUUGCACCAUGAAUUCUCGCGUGUUCGUCGCUCUCCUCCUGUGCGGCCUCUGGGCCUCCUCCGAGUCUCUCCUCCUCUUGGGAACCACCGCCGCAGCCGGGACCAUCGCCGCUACCACUGUCACCGCUUCUGCAGCGGCAGCUUUGGGCGUGGGCGCCCUUGCGGUGCUCAAGGGAGUUCUUAUCGGGAAGCAUCUGAAGCGCCGUUACAGGAGGGACGUCGAUUCCAUGGAGAUCGAGGAAGAAGCCGAGGUGGCCGUCGCCCAGAACCUGGAUUCGACCGGCUGCAUCGCCAAGUUGCUCUGCGAGAUCGAGGCAACGCCCGCCGGCCGCCUCACUCCUUCCAUGUCCACCUUCAAGACGGCCUUCGAGAAUCCCGAUAACCUCAAGUCCUCCCGCAUCGAGUACGACCAGGCCAUCGCCCUCGCCAAGGACGACCCCAAGGCUUGCAGCGUCCAAUUCAGCAAGUGCGUCCUUUCCAGGGAGGAUCUCUUCGUCAUGCUCGACACCGUCUUCUCAUGCUAGAUAAAACCU